AUGAAGGAACUGGAACAAGAUGAUGAUGGUGAUGUUACUAAGAAGUUGGGCGACGUGACUAUUGGAGAUAGUCAGGAAUCCAAACCAGUUGGCGACAAUCAAACAGAGUCUGAGACAGGUGAUGACAAGCCCAAGGCAACUAGUGAAGAUGAAUCUGAAGGCAAGGAUAAUGGUUCAGGUGAGAAUCUGUUUGAAAAGUUCUGGAGUCAUUUCAAUAGCCUUGUUCAGGCACAUCCAGAUCUCCCUUUGCCUGAUAAAACUGCCCUUUUACUUGGUAUCGCCAAGUUGUCCCUUAACUGGUAUCCUGACCGUAAAGACUAUAUUGAUCGCAUUCUCCAAUAUGUAGCCACGAUACAACAACAGUUACAUGCCGACAAAGAAGCCGCUGUUAACGUCCAGGAACUUCUCCUGUCUCUUAUCAACUUCUACCCUGACUUCCUCACCGUGUUGUCAAUUCCUGGCUACCAGCCACUGCUCUCAUCACAGCCUAUAUCCACUCAACAGGCCAUUGCUGGCUCGGUUAUCAAUGCUGUAUUGAAGCAAUCCAAGAAAAUCACCGAACUCGAUGAUGUCAAAGGUGUAUUUGAAUUAGUGUCUAUUGUCAUCAAAGACGGCACUGCCUCUGCUGGUCAUUCCACUGAAUUCCCACCUGGUGGAACCUCUACCAAGAAACAAACAGCCUCCACUCCUGAUAUUUCUAACGACAGUGAAGAGAUUGUUGCUGACCAAUCUAAGCUUGCACAGCUGGUUCACCUCGUCUACAACAAAAAUCCUGAUGUUCAUGCUAAAUUGUUAGCAGCUGCUAAGAAGGCUCUCAGUGAUGGCGGCAUGCGUAUUAAGUAUACAUAUCCAGCGGUUGUUACCAGCGCGUUUAAACUUGUGCGUCGAUAUCAACGUAGAAAAUCUGACUCUGAGAAAGCAGCCAAAAUUGGUUCUUCGUUCAAAUUCAUUCAUCGUUUGAUUGACGAGCUUUACAACUCAGGACGAUCAGAGCUUGCCCUCCGUCUUUACGUCAAUGUUGCAUCUCUGGCUGACCAAGUCAAUGCUGAGGAAGCUAGUUAUGAGUUUUUUGCCGAGGCUUUUACUGUCUAUGAAGAGUCUGUUUCCGAUUCACGAGCCCAGUUCCAAGCCCUUUGCAUCAUUGCGGGCGCUCUACAAUCCACUAGAAACUUCACUGCAGACAACUACGAUACUCUAGUAUCGAAGUGUGCAUUACAUGCUUCCAAAUUGUUAAAGAAACCCGAUCAAUGUCGUGCUGUUUACCUUGCUAGUCAUCUUUGGUGGGCUGUAGAGAUUCCUGGUCGCACUGAAGAAGAGCUCUUCCGUGACGACAAGCGAGUACUCGAGUGUCUACAACGGUCGCUACGAGUAGCCGAUGCCUGUAUGGAUGUUGCCGUGUCAGUUGAACUUUUUGUCGAAAUCCUCAACCGAUACAUCUACUACUUUGACCACGGUAAUUCGGCGGUUACCGUAAGGUACAUCAACGGUCUCAUCAACCUGAUUCAGACCAAUCUCAACAACAAUGCUGAUGAAAAGAUCUCGGACUCGCCACGCAAGCAUUUUGAGCGCACUCUUGAGUACAUAACCCAGCAAAAAAGCGUUGACGAUAAAUUCCAAGAAAUCGUCUGGUAG